AUCGCGAAGAUGUCAGUAUCGAAACUGAUAAAAAAUGUUUUUUGAUUAAUUUCCUGUAUUUAUCGGCAAAAUAACAAAAGUUAUCAAAUCAGUAGGAAUCUGAUUGUCCGUUUGUUUGUGCGUUUUUGGAAGAAAAAAAAAUUAAAUGUAGCAGAAAAUUUAUUUAUUUAUUUUUUGUCAAUAAAAAUUCAAUAAAAAAAGAAGCAAGUAAAAAAUGUGCAAAUGCAGAUUUUGUUGUUGCGGGCGCUCAGUUAGCGUUUUGGUCAUCGGAUUUUACUCGUUGAUUCAAAGUUUACUUUAUCUGGUUGCAUCGGCGCUCGCUAUUCUCGUUUAUCGAUGCGAAGUAAAUAUGGAUCAGAAUCCCGGAUUGUACAUCAUGAAUUUGGCGUAUUUCCGGAGCUCCAAGUGCGGAGAUAUCGAUUGGACAAAGUUGGGAAUUAAUACAAGUGUGACAAUUCAACCGGUUUUUAAGAAUGAGGAACGCGGGCCUGCGGAAAGGACUUAUAUUAUCUCGCAAUUUUAUGCUGGAUUUAGUCUUUUGUGGUUGAUUUCGUCGAUUUUGAUGAUUUUCGGCACGUGUUCAUCAUGUUCUCGCAAAAGUUGUGGAAAUUUCGUUCGUUUAAUGCCAUGGAUCAUCUUUGCCAUAUGCAACAUUGUCCUCGACGUUGUCUCAUUUUUCUUCUAUCUCGCUGACAUGAAGGAAACUGGCAGCAUUCUUGGCUUCAUAAAAUGGAUGGAGAUCGAUAAUUUGGAUCAAAUCCUUGAAAUUUUCCCCAAAGAUUACGACACUUUCCUCACACAGCUUCCAUCGAUCGUGAUGCGAGUAAUAACUUGUCGCUUUGUCGUCUUUUUCCUGUUCAACGUGUGGUUUGUUUUGAUAAUUCUCGGCAUUUGGAUCGAAAUUCAACGAGAAUACGGCAAAAGAAAGCGUCAAUCCGCAUCAACUAUGCCUCAACGUGCUUUAUAUGGACACGAACCUCCGCAAUUGAUGACCUCAAAUGCCGCCAAAGACAAUCCCGCCUUCGAAAGUGAACCGGAAACGGCUUCAGUGCAGCCCAGCGCGACAAAUAAUGACUUUGUUCGCAGUGUUUCGGCCUAUCAAACGCCUGAAUUCGACGAAGAGCUUGAACGACGCCUGCAAAAAUAUCAAAUGACGUCAAGUUACGAGCCGCCCGUCGAUUAUGAUGAGAAAAUAUCGAAACCUGAGCCAAAUCCGAAGCACGUUAAAGACUUGAGAGCAUCGUUGCAACAAUCGCUGGACCCGCAACAACCUCCCCCGCCGCAUUUGUAUUACGGAAGUGCUGAACAUGAUCGCGAAGAGCUCGAACGAAAGAGUAUUUCGCCAAUUCCUCAAGGAAAUUCCGUUUCACGAAGCAGUAGUUUCAACACAAAUGUUCAACCGGAGCUCCGAAGUCAAUUACCAUGGUCGUAUUUCAAGCGAGAUGAUCAAGCCCCCGUUCCGAAUAAAUUGCCGGUUGUACCUGAGCCCGAUUACGAAGGAUCGCCCGCACGAAGUAACACUGUUCGAUCUGCCCAAAGCGAAAUUGGCGGUAAAGUAACGAGCUUUUAGAGUGUUGUCGUGUGUCGUUUUAUGGAGCGGCGACACAAUUCUCGUGUGAACCAAGCCAUGAUCGAGUCAAAAGUAUUCAAAAAUUUUAAUAUUUAAGACUUAAAACAUAAAAAAGAGUAAUUUUUGUCACAGUUUCGUAAUAAAAAUAAGUUUAUUAAAU